AUGAGCCUUCCUGAGGACCUACUAAAAGGGGCACUGCAGCAGCUUUUACUGGCCCUUGAUUACCUACAUUCAGAGGCGCAUGUAAUACAUACUGAUAUCCAAGCGAAGAAUAUCAUCGUUGCUGCAAAAUGCGAAUCGGUCUUCCGGGAAUGGGAUGAUGGCGAGACUAAUGAACCGAGUCCUCGCAAGGUUGAUAAUGAGUACCUUGUCUAUCAGUCUCGCCCGUACCGUCGCAAGAAGGGCUGGAGUGGCUUCGGGAUGCCGAUGCUCACGGACUUCGGAGAAGCUCGUCUUGGGGAAGUGCACGAAGGAUUGAUCCAGCCGGAUAUUUAUCGCGCGCCUGAAGUCAUUCUUGGGAUGAGUUGGACAGCGAAGGUUGAUAUAUGGAAUGUCGGAGUGUUGAUCUGGGAUCUCUUCGAAGACCACCACCUAUUUGAUGGCAGAGGGCCAGACGGUUGCCAUUCAGAUGCGCAACUUCUGGCCGAAAUGGUAGCGAUUCUGGGGCCUCCACCAGUGGAGUUUCUUCGUAAAUCACCUCGCAGCCUGGAGUACUGGGACUCGUCAGGCCAAUGGAAGGCUUCUGAGACAAUCCCAUUUAUUUCAUUGGCUGACUCAGAAGAGUAUCUAGAAGGCGAGAACAAGCAGAUGUUCAUGAACUUUAUGAGGAAGAUGCUUCGAUGGGAUCCAGAAGAGAGACAGAGCGCCCGCGAACUAUUGACAGAUCCGUGGUUGACAAGUUCAUAA